AUGGAGAUAACCGAUAAGCAAACUGCUCAGAACCUGAAAAACACCAUUGAAGAAGUAUUGAAAUCAUACAGCACUGAUGUCACGCAUGUUUAUGCUUACACAGCUGAUAACGGAAAAAAUGUACAAAAGUGUGGACAAGAAUUGAAUAAAUCGCAACAAGUGGCACUCAAUUCCAUUGAGCACGAACAAGCCAGUGAUUAUGAAAACGAUGAUGAAGAAGACGAUAAUGAAUUUCACACUGGUGAAAUCGACGAAAUGUUGGAGGCCGUUGAGAACAUUGUUCUUAGCGGUAACGAAUCCGCAGCCCAUACUAUUAAUCUGGUUGUAAAUGAUGCUGUGGAUAAGGAAUGCGACAUUCUUAAAAAAGUCCGAAAAAUUGUUAAAGCGUGCCGGAAAGUUGGAUACAAGCCAUUUUUCGAAAUUGAGAAGGUUCCGCUGCCCAAAAUAGAUGUGGAAACGAGAUGGGGCUCUCUAUAUGAAAUGAUCAACUCGUUACAUAGCAGAAAAGCAUUUUUCGAGGAUAUUGGUCAAAAGUUUGAAGAAUUGCACGUAACAGCGGAUGACUGGACCUACAUUGAAGAGUUCGCCGCAGCAUUCGAACCGCUGUUUGUUCUAACAAAAGCUCUGCAAGCGAAUGAUUUGAUUCUAGGAGACGUUUUCAAGCUCCUAAAGAUAUGUCGACUAAAGCUCAGUAAGAUCCCUGCUGCCAAUAGAUUUUCAGAAAGUCUUAAACAAGCACUACAGGGUAGAGCUAUACGUAUGAUGGAUAAUGAUGCCUUCCGUGCGCCUUUGCUAUUCGACCAACGCUGGUGCUUUAUCGACUCGCCAUAUGUUUCAAUGGAUGAAAGGCUUAAGGCGAUCGAACACAUGCUGAAAGUUGGCAACAUAUUGAAGACUUUCAAAAAGAAAUCUUCAAUUCAACGACAAUCAGAACUGCCAGAAUGUCUCGCUGCUACCAAGUCAAGCGAUGACGAUUUUGAAACCAUGCUUGAAGAAGAAUGUCAGCCAAAUGUAGCGCCGGAAUCGCUGGAAAUUGUUGUGAAAGUACAGGGCAGGUCCGAAAUCGUCGAGCCGGGACGACUGUUGAUCGAUGACAGGAGGGGCUCGACUGUGAUGGGAGGAUUAUGGGCUUCCAAAGUUUUUGCGGCAAAGGUGCGUCCCGGUAUCCGGUUGGAAGAACUGUAG